GAGGGCAUCUGCCCGGACGACCUCAACCUAGGCGAAGUAGUAGAAGAUGAGGAAGGUGAACGUUUCGUUGUCAACGAAGCUGUCGACAACAUAAAGGAAGACUGACUGAAAGAGAGAACUGUAAUUAUGAUUUUCCAGGAGGAAGCAAGGCAGCUGUCGAGACAAGUAAAGGAGGGCCUGGUCAGGGCCUAUGAGGAUGGGUGGUUGACACAGAAAAUCUUCGAUCCAGAUACAAGGAGAGGUAGAAUCCGGUUCGAAGGCCAAAACGUCAUCUCAUAUGUAGCCAAGGCGAAGGAAGUAGCGGACUGGUUGCUGAGGAGAGGGGAGGAAAAACUGAAACUAGGAUCCAAGGAAUACCUCACGACCUUCAAACCUUGGAUCCCUCGCCAAGAGUUGCGUGACCUGAGACUGCAGGAAGCAGAAGUCAACUUUUGGAUAGUGGCAUUGCGAGUUCAACUCGAUGCGUACUACUAUUUAUUAAGAGCAGUUAGCGCGAUGUUCGGAGAGGUAAAGGCGAUGCACCCUCCGGAGUUUGACAGAACGAGGCCGAAGUUGAUGAAUGUCAAAUUUGACAUGCACCCGGACACGAGAUUCAACGUUGAAGAUAGUUUGGUGAUCGAAUCUCCAAGGGAGAAAGGUGAAAGGUCAGCCGGAGCAGUCGAGAUGGGAGGACCAAUCAGAGUGCAGGGAGGGAAGGGGAGCUUUCGGCCAACAGGAACCAGUAAUGGGACGAAGAAGAAGGAACGGGGCGACGUGGCGUGCGUGGGUGGAGGAGGAGACAAGGAGGCAGAAGGUCUCCAGAUCCGGAGAACGGAGGGGAUAGAGCAAGAACAGGGCAACCCAGAGAUGGGACUGAGUUCAAGCAGCGAUCGAGGAAGGGGGUUCUUUCGACUGAAUACCCAGACCUUAGAGGACCCUGGUCUCAGGGACUGGGUGUGCCAGCACAUGGCUUCUUGGGAGGAGGCUAAACACUUGUUCCAGACAACAGAAGACUGGGCGGACGGCGGGUUGGCCAUAAUCUCAGGGAUUCUCAACAUCAGCUCCAAGAUCCUCGUGAAGUCCAGAAACCAGAAAGAAGCGGAAUGCAAACGGAGGGUGGAGGAAGCGGAGGAGAGAAUGGAAGGUCACCCAAUAUCUGCACUGGCCUCGGCGACAGAAAGAGAGAGGAGGUUAGAGGAGUGGGAGAACCUGCAAACAAGGAAGGAAAGAAGAUGGAUGAAGUUGUUGAAAGAGAAGGGCAUAAAGACAAGCGAUAAGAUGAACAAGGAGACAUUUCAGAAACUGCUCCCUAGAAGAUCGAUGCAGCAAAUGGUGGAACUGAAGCACCCUUUCGACGAUACAGCCCCAACAGCCUCCACAACGUCUGGAAUGUUGGACUAUGCCAAGAUGUACUACGCAGACAUACUCACGACGCGCAGACCCCAAGAUGGGGUGGACACAGAUCUCACGGAGGUUUCAGAUUUUUGGGAGGACACCCAAGUGAAACUAGCUGCAACAGCAAGACUGGACAUGGACAGACCGCUUACCUUGGAAGAAACUAUGCAAACGCUAAAGUCCAUGGCGAGAGGGAAAUCCCCUGGGAUAGAUGGCCUAACAGUGGAAUUCUACGUCAAGUGUUGGGAGACAGUAGGUCCACCACUAGUGGAGCUAUUCAAUGGAGUGCUGGUGGGAGGGAAAUUGGGUAAGAGGAUGACACGUGGCGUGAUCUCAGUGCUGUUUAAAAAGGGGGACGAGGCGAAGGUGCGAAACUGGCGCCCAAUUUCCUUGCUGAACGUGUCUUAUAAAAUACUGGCCAAGACGCUAGCAAGAAGGUUGGGGAGGUAUCUCCCUGAGAUGGUGAAGAAAGACCAGGGCGCUUUCGUGCAAGGGAGAUCCAUUUUCAACAACAUUGCGACAACAAUCGAAGUCCUAGAGGUGAUACAAGCAGAGAAUCUGGACACAACGGUACUCCUACUGAAUCUGGAAAAGGCCUAUGACAAAGUAGGGUGGACGUUUGUCAUGACCACUCUAAGACACAUGGGUUUUGGGGAGGGUUUCUGCAAGUGGGUAGCAGCCCUGUACACCUUCUCCACUUCAGUGGUGAUGGUGAACGUGCACCUAUCCCAACCAUUUAGACUCACAAGAUCGCUGAGGCAGGGCUGUCCACUCGCCCCCUUGCUGUUUGUACUGCAGAUCAUGGAGGUCCUCAUGAACCGUAUCAGGAAGCACCGGGUGAUCAAAGGGCUUACGUUGAAUGAGACGGCGGAGUUCAGGGUCAAAGCGCUGACGGACGACCUGUUUGCAGUCUGUGAGAAUACAUUGCCAAUAAUGACAGCGUUAAAAAGCGUCAUGCAGGAAUAUUCAGUCCUAUCGGAAGCGUCCGUGAACUGGGUCAAGUCCGCAUGCCUCUUGCCAGCCCAGUUCAAGUUGAGCGUAGAGUGGGGAAUGAAGAGAAUAGAAGAGGGGGAGGAGGAGAGAUUCCUCGGAGUGUUGAUAAGUCUGCAGGUAGGCUGUUCCUCACAUAGCCUUCUCCUUCAAAGCCGGAUAACAGCCAAACUGUCGAUGUGGGGGAUUGCAUGGCAUUUGUCGUUGAUAGGACGGGCGCUGGUGUCAAAUGUAGCGUUGUUCUCAAUCCUCUGGUUCGUGUGUACGGUGAAGGAAAUGGCGGCGGGCAUUCUCAAGACCAUUCAAAGACUGAUCGCCCGCUUCCUCUGGAAACCGUACGCGAAGAAGGAUGAAGGGUUCAUAGCAAAGGUGACAUGGGAGCUCCUAACCUUCCCACGAGAACAGGGAGGUCUAGGACUAUGGGAUCCGGCACAGAAGAACCAAGCGCAACUCAGAGGUUGGGUGUGCAAGGCUGCUGUAGCUGAAGUCAAAGAGGAUUGGGUACUUCUAGCAGAAAGAUUGCUGAUGAGGGAAUGGGAUCUCAACAGGCCGGAGGAUGUCUGGGUGGGUUUCCUCAUGGACUCCUUCAGAAGGAAACGCCCAAAGUCGCUGUUUUGGAAGGCGAUCCUGAGAGCUUGGAAGAACCUCCCGCCCGACGUCCCAACACCACCGCAGACCAAAGAAGAGGUGCUCGCCCAACACCUUUUUGAAAACCCUCGCGUUCGCUCUCAGGGAGGGACUGUGCUCCACGCAGAUGGCUCGACAAGUUCUUUUGGUCUCGCCUGGAUAAAGAGGGGAGUCUCCAGAGUUAGAGACAUCUGGUCCUCCCUGCUGGGUCAAUGGGUACCUCUAAUGGAGCUGAUGACUCACCUGAACGACCUUAGGAGGGUGGAAGAGAAUUGGAAUAUGCUGCGAGAGGCCAUCCCGCAGGGCUGGCUGAUCAUCCUAGGACCGGAGAAGGUGGAUCCAACAGGCACUUGGUAUGCCGCAGAAGAUCAGGAAGAGGACUGCGUAGCCUGGAAAGUGGUAGGGAUCACUCCAAGUGGCUUCAGAAAGGUGGAGGAAUGGCAAGGGGGGAAACAGGGAAACAGAUUGACAUUCAUAAGGGAAGACACAGUGCAGAAGUGGAGUAACCUGCCGCAAAUUCGAGUGGUGGAAAGACAAGCCACCAAGAACUCUCAGGGAGAAGUCAUCUGGAUUGGCAAAUGCACUCUCAGACAGCUAAGGAUUGACCCGCUCGCCUGGAACUGGAGCAGACCGACUACGGACAACCGGUCGAAUCCUCUGUUGCCCAUGCUGGACUACAACGUGAGUGAAGGCUACAAUCUGGCCUCAAAGGCAACCAGAACCCCGGCUGCAGUGGCCGUUUCCAGGUGGGAAAAGGUCCUGGGCUCAGACCCCAAGCUGUUGGAGGUCAAUUUCAGCAAUUUAUGGAAAGCCCUGUGCGCAAUGCCCAAUGGUAAACAGGAGGACGACGCGUGUACAGGGGAAGUGCCGGCCAAAUUGUUGACUAUCUUCAUUAGAAGCGCGAUGGAUUCGGAGGGGAUACUACAACGAGACGUGGCGGUGUGGCUUGACAUCUUGGCGGUGGCCCAUCAGCAGCUGCAGGAGACGGUGGGUGAGCUGACUCAGCGAUCUCAAGAGCUGCGGGUGAUUGAAGGGGAUGCGUUCCCCCUGGCCGAAUGGGUGGAUCACCGCUCGCAACUCAUGUCAGAUAUAAUCUGGGAGCUGGAGGAGCUGGAGGAUAAUCUGGGAGCUGGAGGAGCUGGAGGAUAAUCUGGGAGCUGGAGGAGCUGGAGGAGGGGCUAGAUCCCGGGCUUGAACCUUACAUUGA